UAAAGACAAUUUCCGGUUUUUAGAUGGUUCGCAUAAAAAGCUGCAAAAAUUGUCCAAAAAUCCGGUUUUUCCCUAUUUUUGGGUGAAAUUUGGAAAUCAGAUUAAUCACGUGUUAAAAACAUACAAAAGGAUUCUACUUGAUGAAACAAAGUUGUGUUGUAAGUUUCAAGUUUAAAGGAUAAUCCUAAUAUGGAAUUAGGGAUUAGGGAUUUCAUCGAGAUUUUUAGGGUAGUUUCAAGUAAUAGCCAAUAUCAAAGCCCCUGAGUGGUAUGGGACCUAAAAAUAUGGCAUGCAAGUGUCUAAUAGAUAAAAAAAACUAUCAAAAUGCUUAAUAUAGCAUUAAGGAGUUAUUAAAAAAACCGUCAGCUCGAUUCCUUCUUAGAUUUUCAAUAAGUCCCUUAACUUCUAAAACAACUACUUUUUGAACUUUCUGUAUUGUCCCUAGGGCUGCAAGUUCCGCCAUAAUACGAAAAAACCUAAUAAUUCCUCGGGACAAGGUUUACUUUAUGACAGCUAAAUUGAAAUUUUUAGAAAUUUUCGCGGUACAAAGGUCUUAUAAUCUUGAAUAACGCGCGAAUUCACAGAAGCUGAUUGCAUAUUUUUUUACAGUUCAGUGUUUUUACCUAGAUCACUAUAUGAAAAAGGGUGCUCAUUGUCAAUAUUAUUCGCCGUUUAAGGGUCGCGGGUAUUAACUUUUAAUUUUCGACCAAAUCCCAAUAUGUACCUGCAAUGAUAAUUUAAAAUACUAGUCGUUACUCUUGGCUACCAUCUUUGCCUCACAGACAGACAGCAAGCAUUGUAGAUCACAAAUUAGUCUGGGAAAUAGCACAAAGUUUUAUCGAAAAUUUUAUCAUUGAUUAUUGUCAUGCUGUGCUAGAUCGAUGUUGAGUGGGAAAAAAAGUUAGCAGAAGGUUUGCUUGUUUUAAAAGAAUCUAUAUCGAUAUAAACAGAUUAAGAAAGCAAUGAGUAACGCAUAUUACCUGUCAAGUGGUAUUAGCACGCAACGUGAUGUAUCAUGAAUGCUUUCAUUGAUGCUGUGUUGCCAAUUAGAAAUAUACACUUAGACACUUAUUGGAGACAGAUUAAAUUUUAUCAUUAACCCCUGCAAAGGGGAGGGGCUUAAUUGGUGUCCUGAGUGGAUUUCUUUAUGUCAAUCACGACAAAAGGCAAUUAUGUUGGUAACCAACCAUCAACACCUAUGUUGCUUAUUGUUUGCAUAUCUUAAUACCGAUCCUUUGCAAUAAUAAAUAAUGAGGUUGAACUUUUCAACAGUAAAGAAAUUGUUUUGCAUAUUUUCAGCGGGUUAUGUUAGUGUUUGACAACUGAUGAAGAAAAAAACUCAAUUUAUUUAUUAACAGAUGAAUUUGUGUGUGCAUAUUUUAUUGGUCAAUAUUUGUAAAGCUAAUAGUUACAUUGUUGAAGUGAUUAAUUUGCUGACGAUUACUGACGACUGGUAGAGAGGUUGGUGUACACUUCAUUACGAUCGAAUUUCUGGCCUAAGGUUCAACUUUUAGCACCAUGGCACCAACACGAUUUAGCGAUGCUGUUCAAAAAGCGGUCGCCAACACACACAUGAGCCAAAAAGAGCCUGAUGAUGAAGAUAGUAUACCCUUAACAACAUUUAAUCAAACGCCAAACACGGAAGAAUUUACAGAAGAAAAAAACGAGAAAAAAGAAAACACUGGCAUGGCGGGAAUAGCAUGGAGGCUUCAUGCAGCUAACAAAGCAGCGGGAGUGUUUAAAGAAAAAGCCAACUUGAGAAGAAGAAUCAGAGAAAGAUUAAAAUUAAAAGAACGCAUGCGUCAAUUAGUUGAAGAAAGACUAACAGUGAGGCAAAUCUUUAAACGUUACGUCGAAUCUUCAACGCUCCACGGAUUCCGUUACACAUGUACUGAUACCUAUCUCCUCCGUAGAGCUAUUUGGACAUUGUUAAUGGUAGCAGGUGCUAUUUACUUCAUACUAAAGCUCCACGAUGGAUUAGUCACCUACUUCGACUAUCCCUUUAGUACAAAGGCAACUUUAGAGUAUGUGAACAAACUUACAUUUCCUGCCAUUAGUUUCUGUCCACUGAAUCAAUUCAGUUUUUCAAAAGUCAAAAACAGUUCGCUUAAAAAACUUUUUAAAAAAUAUGGCUCACCCUUUCAGAGGAAUUUAAGCAAUUGGAAUCAUGAUUUCUCCGGGAGGGAGUUAGCAAGCGAAAUCAGAAGGACUUCCUUCUCCAUAGAGGAUAUUAACCAGGAUUGUGAUUAUAUUAGGAGAGAUACAGACCACCCAAAUUUACCUCAUCAACCAUGUGGGACAGAAAAUUUCACAAGUUAUUUUUCAGAGAGCGGAAAAUUAUGUUUUACUUUAAACUCCGGUAAAAUUGGUCAUCGGUUACUAGAAGUGGACCAUGCAGGGCUAAAUUAUGGUUUUGAGUUGAUGUUUGAUUUACGAAACGAGGACGCGAUAAAAGAAUAUCAAAUAUCCGGCCUGCAAGUCAUCGUCCACGAUCAAAACGAGCCUCCUGUAUCGAAUACUGGAUUUAUAUUACCACCUGGCUUUAAAAGUUAUAUUAAAAUGGAACAAUCUGAGACCCAGAACCUACCGCCACCAUUCGCAACAAAAUGUGGAGAAACGAAACUAAAAUAUUUUUCAACCUACAACCAAAAAAGUUGCAUUUUGGAACUUUUAACAGAUUAUGUUGGGGAAAGAUGUAAAUGUCGGGAGCUAUUUAUGCCAGAUAAUGGCAUGCCGUAUUGCUCAUUACGUCAACGAACAUCAUGUUUGUAUCAAGUCAAAGAUUCAUUUAAUGAGUACAAAAUGAGGUCGCAAUGCCCAGUUGAUUGCCGACAAAUAUCGUACGUCACGAGAAGAUCUGAUUCUAAAUUUUUACACAAUCCACCAACUGGAAUCGAACCAAUUUUGAUUAAGAAGUCUUUGGAGAAGAAAGAAUUGAACAGAUCUCAUAUACUGGAGCUGUAUAAGAAAUACAGCAAUGAAGAGUUUGCUAAAUACAUCGAGGAAAAUAUCAUUGUAGUUAUAUUCUAUUAUGGCGAGAUGAGUAAAGUGAUCUACAUGCAGACUGCAUCAUUUAAUUUCUACAAUUUCUUAGGUGACAUUGGCGGUGCGUUUGGAUUGAUGUUAGGCGCAAGCUUGUUGACAUUUUUCGAGUUUGUCGACCUCCUCACCUUCCUCAUCUACCAUCAGUUACUACGUUUGCAUAAACAACAAAAACUGGAGAAAGAGAAUCGAAAGAGUAUGGUGCUGGAAGAGAAGCAAAGUUUAAUAACUUAACUAUAUUUUUCUCCUUUAAUCUAUCUAUCUUUGUAAAACUAAUGUGUCGUUUUAUAAAAGGUUAUUUUUAUAUAAAGUUUGUCUUGCGACAGUCUGCACUGAAAGUAAUAUAAUUUAUUAUCAUA